AUCUUUGAUAUUCGCUCCAGAGAUAUGAAAUAUUUUCAGAUGAUUCUAUUCGUGUUUACAUUUAUUACCCGGCCCCUGGGUGAUCGGUAGAAAAUGAGCGUGGUUAGGAGUAGGCAAUGGUGCAAUGUCGCGUAUAACUGUAGCUUUGCGCAUGGUAUAUGUGGACGAAAAACUGCAUCUCGAUGGCACUCAGUUUCUGCUGGUUCAGGAAGCACGGAGGAAGACAGUCGUGAGGAAAAGAACGUGAAAUUAAGUGGUUUUGCAAAAGCAUUCGCAAAGUAUACUUCAGAAGAUUCUCCUGCAGCUCAAGAAGAACUUACAUUUCCUGCAUUGUUGAGAAAUUCAAAGUUUAUUGACUUAGGCGAUCCUGUGGGCAAAGUUGUAGAAGGUACCAUAUUUCACGUUGUUGACGAUGAUUUAUAUGUAGACUUCGGCUGGAAAUUUCAUUGCGUAUGCCAGCGUCCACCAAGGAAUGGGAGUGAUUAUGUUCGGGGAGCCAGAGUGCGAAUUCGAAUUAAGGACUUGGAGUUGUCAAGUAAAUUUUUAGGAUCGUCUCGUGACUUGACACUGCUUGAGGCAGAUGCAACAUUAAUGGGAAUUAUAUCAUCACCAGCUAGAACUUCAGUGAAAUAGUGAUAUUAGAAUUUGUGCUACCUUUCGUGUGACAAAAAUUGUUACAAUUUUGUAAAUAUGUGAUGUUUUCCAUUUAGUUUAGAUGAACUCUCUCCCACUUUCUCUAAGUUGAAUUUUGUGUGUGUGUGUGUGGGGGGGGGGGGGGGCUUUAUUUUAAAAUAUUUGCUACAAGCAAAUGACAUUUUAGAAAAAAAAAACGUUAUUUAUUAUAUUGAAGGUUUUUUCCCAGAAUAAUCUUCUUUAGUGAGAAUCAUAACAACUUGUUUGUAGUGGUGUCAGUAAUAAUGUUCUCACAGAGCAGUAAAUAUAAAUGUGAACUAUACUAUUGAAAUGUGCUUUUUCAGUGAAUUGAUAUUUUUAAUGUCCUAUACUGCCAGUCCAGUUCUGAAGUUCAUCCUGUAGUGUUACUGAAAUCAUAAUCUGUGGACUUACACAGCUGAUGAAAUUGUUUUCUCAAUUUCAGGUUUGAUUUUGCCUCUCAUAUGAUCAAAAUGGUUUCCAUUAAUUUUUGACCUGAUGUGUGAAAAAUAUUUACAAAUGGCACGGUAUUGUAAUCUUGAUACAAUGAAGUA